AAGAACGAAGAUCACAACUUGGCGGAGAGAGCUUCAAAGUGGAAGGCGCUAGCUAAAAGAUAUUUUGCUACUCACUGAGAAGGGUGAACUACUUUGCUCCAAUCCUUCUACAAUGUGUCGGAGGUUGGAGGAUUUCCAUUUUUUCAUCUUUCCUGUUCGAAUCGGUUAGUUGAUCCUCGAAUCCCUGCUUUUCGUUUUCCUUCGAUUUGUAUCUGAACUGGGCUUUACAUGAAUUGAAUAUGAAGUUUUUCUUGAAUUUAUUUCAAUCUUAAUCGUCACUGCUUCAAUCACAAAACUCUGAUUUGUGGGAAAAUCAUGAGGGUUUUGCGAUUUCGUAGAUUUUCCACUCUACUGAGCUCUGUAGCCAGAACUUCUGCUUCUGUAAACCCUAAUUUGGAUGUGACUUUACGAAAUAGGAAAUGGAAUCCAAUUCCAAUACCUCACCGAUCAAUUCCCGAACCCAGAGGACAAGACCUUGAUUUUGUUAACGUCGUACAUAGCCACCUGAUUCAUUCGGAUUGGACUAAGCUUGAUUGUUUGUCAUCGGGUCUGACAGCAUUCAGAGUCAAACACAUUCUACUCAAAACCCGGAAGGACUAUGUACUAUCGCUCGAGUUCUUCAAUUGGGUUACCACUCAAAAUCCUUCUUCUCAUACCCUUGAGACCCAUUGCAUAAUCCUCCAUAUACUUGCUAAACAUAGGAAGUUUAAAUCUGCAGAAUCAAUUUUAAGGAGUAUCAUAGAUUCCUGUUCUAUUGAGUUUCCUUCUAAGUUGUUUGAAUCCUUAUUGUACUCUUACCGAGUCUGUGAUUCUUCCCCGCAUGUUUUCGAUCUGCUUUUCAAGACUUUUGCUCAUUUGAAGAAGUACAGAAAUGCCUCUGAUACAUUUUGUAAGAUGAAGGAUUAUGGAUUUUUACCCACUGUGGAGUCAUGUAAUGCAUUUCUGAGUUCCUUGAUUAAUUUCAACAGGGGAGAUAUUGCUUCGACGUUUUAUAGAGAAAUGCGACGUUGUCGGAUUUCGCCUAAUUCGUAUACGCUCAACUUGGUUAUUUGUGCUUCCUGUAAAUUGGGAAGAUUAGAUAAGGCUACUGAGGUGUUUGAGGAAAUGAAAACAAUGGGGUUUUCUCCAAAUGUUGCAUCUUACAAUACACUUAUUGCAGGCUACUGUAACAAAGGUCUUAUAAGCUCAGCCAUGAAACUCAGAAGUACAAUGGAAAGAAAUGGAGUUCCUCCAGAUGUUGUUACUUUUAAUACUCUUAUCAAUGGGUUCUGUAAGGACGGGAAGCUUCAAGAAGCAAGUAGAUUAUUUGGAGAGAUGAAAGCAAUGGGUUUAUCUCCCACUACUGUAACCUACAACACUUUGAUAAAUGGCUACAGCAAAAUGGGCAAUACCGACAUGGGCAAUAGACUUUUUGAGGAGAUGUCGAGGUUUCGAGUUAAACCCGAUAUCCUUACUUACAAUGCCCUGAUCUUGGGACUAUGCAAAGAGGGAAAGACAAAGAAUGCAGCAUUUCUGGUUCGAGAGCUUGACGGGAAGAAACUAGUUCCAAAUGCUUCGACGUUUUCUGCUCUAAUUUGUGGGCAGUGUGUGCGGAAGAAUUCGGAGCGUGCAUUUCAAAUAUAUAACAGUAUGAUGAAAAGUGGUUUUAGCCCUUGUGACCAGACCUUUAGGAUGCUAUUGUCCACUUUCCUUGAUAAUGAGGAUUAUGAUGGAGCAGUUCAAUUGUUGAAGGACAUGGUGAAGAGACACAGGGCUCCUGAUUUGGAUAACUUAUGUGAGCUUUGUGUUGGACUUGGCCGAUGUGGGAAUGGUAAAACAGCUAUAAUGUUAUGCAGUGAGUUGGAAGCUCAACAUCUCUUGCCAGAAGGUUUUGACAAACUCAAAGUAUUCAAUUCAUUGCACAAUGGAUAGUUAACCAUAUUAUCCUCUGUUUAUCAGAUCAAACUGCCUUGUGAUUCAGCUGCAGUAACUCGCAUAUGCUGUUUCUAUGGCAGCGUGGUUUUCUUCUAUGCUGUUUGAGCCAUGUUAGAGUUCUUAAACCGAGCUAAAUUCUUGUUAGUUGAGUUGAUUGCUGUAGAACACAACUUAGCCGAUUAGCUUUCAUUCCGAUCCUAGUCCAUGGAAUGAGACUGAUGAUCUUUUUCUA